AUCGUUGUCCAGGGUGAUUCGACACGCUACGCUUGCGCAGAACGAAAACAAAUAUGGCGGACACCUGUCAAAAGUUAAUCUCCUGAUUGAAAUCUGAUUGUUCUUAAUUGGCACUGAUAGCAUCGGCAUCAAACAACAACUUUAUACAAAGUGCUUUAAGUGCCCCAAGUACUGUAUAUAUCAAAAUGGCGGCCAUGGCACAGUUAGACACAAUGAUGAAGGAGCGACAGAGACACCCGCAUCAUUCAAAGCUUGCCAUUACGUUGAAUGACAGUAAAGUUCUCGGGAAAAUCACUGAAAUGCGUACAGAAAAAGUACGAGAGUCUCAAAAAUUCUCCACCAAUAAAAUGAAGACACACAAUAGUGCAUGGACGCCGGUAGUGAAUAAAGCUUCAAACGAACAGAUAUUUUUGGAAAGACGAGACCUUGUUUCUCAUUGGUUUGACCUAUGGACAGACUCUCAAAGAAAGCGAUUUUUCGACCUGGUCUUCCGACAAUGCACUAGGCGGCAAUACAAGUUUGUUCAGGAAUGGUUUCAAGAGCGUGUACCAUUACAGCAUCUCGACUUCAGCACAGUUCUGCCAAGAUUUCUUGCCCUAUACGUGUUCUCCUUUCUUGAGCCGAAGAGCCUCAGUCGCUGCGCCCAAGUUUGUUGGCACUGGAAAUUUCUUGCAGAUCAGGACAUUCUAUGGUUGCCAAAGUGUCUGAAGUAUGGAUGGUUUUUGCCGUACAUGCCAUCGGAAUAUGAGUUUGGAUGCUGGAAGCGACACUACAUCGCAUGUGUCAGAACUCUGGACUAUGUUACAGCAAAUAAUGCUAUGUAUGGAAUGCGUGGUGAUGGUAGGGAUCUGAUGCCCAAAAAGUCGACCAAAAAAGAACUCUCCCUUGCUGAAAGUAACAAAAUGUUAACAUCGCGGCAACCAUGGGUUGGUCCAGACUAUCACCCUAAGGACCUGGACAAGAAUAUGUACGCAUUCUUGCAUGAUUACAACCCUAACGAGCCCAGCAUGCCCAAGUCAGCACUGCUGUUCCACAACCGUUGGGGGAUCUUGAAGAAAAAGUCUAACGUUACAACAAACCCAAACAUGGAACUCGGAUUGACCACUCAACGUCGACGAGAAAGACAUAGAGCUCUAACGUCUGGAGAGGAUUAUGAUCUACUACAAACUGGGCGCUCGAUGACACUAACGGAAAGUUUACAACAUGACCUUGUGAAUCCACGAGAACAGCGUGUCAGUGAGCUUGUUAACACAGGCUGGUUCCCGCCCAACAGGACGGGUCUUAGAAGCUCAAAGGAUAAUACAAGGAACAAUCUAGCAGGAGGCCGGGCACCAUACCAGGGAACACUACAGGGAACCAGACGGGCGUCACUAGCGGGCAAUGAGCGCCCACAAAACCCACGGGUCAUUUUCAUAUCUUCAAGGGUUCCUGCUGCAGAUUUGUUACUGGAUGCCGUCCUGUUUGGCGUGAUACCAAUUGUUUACGAGUACGAGGGCACAACUGCGGAGUCUCUGUGUGUUCAACUUGAAAAGGUCCUACAAGGGAGAAAUGCACAGAGUAUUGGUAUAUUCACCCAUAAUGAAUCACCAGGGGAAAUACGGCUCGUACAUGGCUGCAAUGUUAGCAUACAGAACUUGGACUUUCCUGAUGCCCGCGAGUUUUUUGAGGUUGCAUCAGGUCACAUAUUGCCAUCAGAGAUGGGCGGGCAGUUUGACAUGUUUGCGCCAUUGGCUGCCUCAGAGCUGGGUAUGGAACUGAUGGUUCAACUGACCGUGUUGACCGGCGUCCAGUUUUCAAGUCCAACAGGGAUAAUCGGAUCAUACAACCAUGUGAACACAGACUGGUGCAUUCCAUACAGAGAGGGUCCGCCACCUGAGCAGUAUUUCUGUACGAGCAAACUGAACGUGUGGGCCAACACUGCGGACCAGGCUGUCGAGUCCCUCAAGAAAUGCCGGGAAAUCCUCACUUCUUAUUUCGAAUCCUCACACAGGGAUAUCGCCGCACAGCUUGCAGGUGAGGUAGUGUUCGGUGUCCUGGGACAAGUGGACAUACGUGGUGUAAAGAGAAUCACGGAUACACUAUCCGAGGGUCUGUACGAGCUGGGCAGCCAAGAUGGGGUGAAUCCCCUGGAGUUCCUGGGACAGUAUCUUCUACAGAAGGCUGGAGUGUCAGACCUGGAGUUUACCAGCACAAGAAAGAGGGCUCCAGCCAUAGAUCAAGAAGAAGAGAAUGAAGAUGAUGAGGGUGAUGAUGAAGAUAUGACAGUCAAGGCGGAUGCAAGAAAGCCUAAUGAAAAUCGUGACUGGGACAGCGACAAUGAUGAUAUUGAGACGGGACAGGGAACCAGACGGGAAGAGGGAGUGGAAAAAGGGGCUCUGGAAGGGGCUGAGAUGAAGGAAGAGGGUACGAGAAAAAGGGCAGGGGGUACUCAGAGACAAAAAGUGGUGUUACGUACACAGGAACUGAGCAGAAAGUUUGGCACCAUGCGUGACACAGGGAAACUUGAGAGAAUGACUGCACAGAGGUACUCCGACCACCCGGAGAAACGAACACCUAUCGCCAUGGAGAUUGUAUCCAGCGAGGUUGAAUACAACCGAUUGUUGACUGCCAUCAAGAAUGUGUACUUCAAGCCCCUAAAUGCUGCCCUGCGGUCAAACAGAGCCAUCAUAAGCAACCAGAAUCUUCAGAUUAUCUUUACUGAUGUUUUACAGAUUCUUCAGCACAGUCAUGAUCUAAAGGAGAACCUCCAAAAUCGUCUUCUUGAAUGGGAUGCGCAGGAAUCGUGCCUCGGAGACAUUUUUGUGAAGUUCAAUACACACCUCAAGGUUUACACAAACUUUGUGAACAACAAUGAAGUUAUACUGAGAUGUAUUGAGCGCUCCAAGGAGCAGACACCAGCUUUCAGGGCUUUUCUGGUCCGGAAUGACCGCACGCCAGAGACCAAAAUGUUGACCCUUCAAGAGAUGUUACUGCUCCCAUCUCAAAGAAUCAAUGAGUAUGUAACACUUCUAAGCUGGUUUGAAUUGCACACCCCAAAAUCUCACCAGGAUCGAGCUGACCUGGAAGACACCAUAGAAACUCUCACAGAACUUGACAAGUGUAUAAGAGAGUGCCAAGUGCGAAUGGAAAGAGAUCGUCGGUUAAUUGAACUGCAGCGAAAAAUUCAAAACUGUCCGGCAUUACUGGAGGCCAACAGAUACCUCAUUAAACAGCUUGAUGCCAACCAGCUGAAUCCCCCAAAGAAAAACUCGGAAAUACCGGAGCUACAGGUAUUCCAACAUGCAGCAGUAUACGGACUUUUCCUGUUUAACGACGCGCUCGUUAUGACCAGACGAACAUCGAAGCAUUUCCCGUUCAGUAGAGCCAUUGAAUACAACUACAAGUUUGAGGCGAGCGUAUCACUGAACAGACUUCGAAUUCACAAUCUACCAGAUUCAAAAGAUCUUCAGAAUUCUGUAAAGCUUGAAACCGCUAAACAGCAGUGGUUCUUCUCAUGCGAAACACCAGAGGAGAAAAUCAAUUGGAUCGGCCUUGUGGAACAGUCCAUUCGAGCUGCAUUGCAGGGGUGAAAGCUUAAGUGACAUAAGAGCGAGCACAAGCAUGGAAAUAGCUAAGAUUUCACAUUUAAAGUCAAUGCAGAAAACAUUUAAGUCUCUUUUGUGUUUCAAUGUGAUGGUUAUUUGUCCAUAUGAAUGGUCAAUCAUUUAUAAGAAUCAAAUUUUAAUUGAUGAUAGUAAAAUUUCAAUAGCUUUAACUUCCUAAAUCAACUUAUUAAAGUAUAUAUAAAUUGUAUUGAAACAAUGAAAUUAGUAAAGAAUAAGUGCUACAAAAUGUGUUAAAGAAUUAUGUUAUUUUUUUUUUUAGCUUUAGUAUUUUCUCAUCAUACUCCAGUAACACUUAUGUUAAUUAAGAAAACUUUUUUUAUUGACUUUAAUCUAAUUUUUGAUUUAAUCAUCUAUGCAUAAGUUCAAAUAUCCUUAUAUUUUGUUUAUUUUUUAUGUUUUUUGUUAUGUGUAACUGUUGAACUAGAAACUAAUGACAACUGCCAUAAUUUUCAAUUUUGGGUUUGAAUAAUAAAUGCCAUUUUAUUCACUGCCAACUUAACCAACAGUAAGAUACUUUGUUUUUAAGCUGCUAAUUCAUAUAAUAUUGUUAAUUGUUAUUGUAUGAAUGAAUGUGUUUACUUAUGUUAAACAGGCUAUAUACAGUCUUAUUACAACUUUUCUACAGAAAGCAUAAUAUAAAACAAAAGGGUUUCACCAGUUAUUCACUAGCAGAUCCAGUGGGCCGCAUCCAGGGCGAACUCCCCCUAAAAUCCAUUCAUGCCAUAUUUAGAGAGAUUUUACAACAGGCAAUAAUGACAAAGUAAAGCCACAGUAUGUGGGUGAAACUGAAUGUAAACACUACAAAAGGGAGAAAUGACUGAAUAAAUCGCAAUGAAUAUUUAAAAAAAAGUUUGAUAAAUGCCAGAAACAAAACUUUUACAACAAGUGAUUGAUUUAUUUGUAGUAAUGAUCAAAGGCAAAGAAAAUAUACUAUUUGGGAAAAGGAAAAAAAAAUAAUAUUUAUUUCAUUCCCUUAUUGCCUGAAUGUUAUCAUAGCUGGUAGUGUUAAGCAGUUUUUUUAAUUGACUUUGGAGGAAGGUAAACUAAUUUAAUUGUCUCGAAAACAUUUUUCCAACUUAGACCUGCUAAAAAAAUCCCCCUGAAUACUACCAAAAUCCGUCUGAAUUUUCAGCCUUUCUGAACAAAUCCCCCUAAAUGGUUUCCAGAAAUAUGACAUGUAUGAAAAUCCUCCAAGUUCACUUUUUAUUUCAAUAAAGGAGAAAAAAGUUAUAUAAUAUACCCCAAAUUUUUUACUACAAAGUGUUAAAAUUUUCAAGGGGAGUACCCUGAACAACCUACCAACACUUUAAACCAAAUAAAUUUCACUUCUGACUGAGGGGCGCAUGUCAAAAGGUCACGCCCCUAAGAUUCGCCCCCUCUAACAUCAAAUCCUGGAUUCGCCCGUUGGUAUUAGUAUUUACAGGCCUUCCAGGGUUCCUACUUUUCCUACUUUUUCCUACUUUUUUAACAGCUUCCUACUUUUUCCUACUUUUUUCUAAAAAACUCCUACUAUUCCUACUUUUUUGAAAAUAAAGUCCGCAAAAAAUUUGUGCUAGUUUUAUUUGCAGAAAAUGAACAAAAGAUGUCAAACUGGCUGGUUUAUGUUGUUGAAAGUUGUGGCAACAUGUUCCACUUUGACAUGCAUCAUCUUUUCACCCACACAGUUCAGCAACAGAAACCGACCAAGCAUCAUUCACUUAAAUAUUCAAUGUGGCAUAUAGAAUGGUAUGAUUUUGCAUUAAAAAAGUCUCCUCUAGGUAAGUUAAUUAAUAGCUAUUAAUAAAUACAUAUUUAACCAAAAAUAUUCCUACUUUUUUGUAAAAAAUAUUCCUACUAUUUUCUUCUUUUCUGUCAGAAAACCUCCUACUUUUUUCCUACGUUUUUGUUAGUGGCUGCUGGAAGGCCUGUAUUUAAAUUAAUCAAUGCUAGAUAUAAGGUUUGAGUAAUUUGUUAAAUUAGAAUACAGUUAUUAUACGUAGAAGUGUUAUGCUUAUAGUAGAUUGAUGUUACUUUCAGUUUUAGUUGUAUUUAUUUAUGUAUUUAUUUAAUUACAGCAUGUAUUUGUUUAUUUACAGUGUGUAUUAAUGGAUUUAUUUACCUGUUAUUUAUUAUAAUUUCCAUGUUAUUUAAUUAUUGUUGUUUCCUCCUUAAUAUCUUGACUGUGAUACAUUUGUGUACAGGGUGUUUUUAAGUUUUCUGAUUGUUAGAUUGUUAUGACAUAAUGGGUUAAGAGCAGUGAUAGUUUUUAAUUAAAUGUAGGUCGAUUUUUUAUCUGUUAUGACCUACCACGUUUUUUGUUGUGUUUUUGUUUUUUUCUUUUAAAAAUUUCAGGCAUAAUUUACUGUUUCACAAUGUUUAAAGGGACUUACUCAUAUUUUAAAUUUGAAUAUGAUAUGUAUAAAUGUAUUGAUAUAAUCUUAUAAUCUACAUACCGUAGAUGUUUUUAUGACAAUGUUGAACAAUAUGCAACUUUUAAAAGGGUCAAACAGCAAUUGUAUUGAACUGGAUAAGUGUUGCAUGUGUUGUCUUUUGGCUAGUUUGCAAAUAAAAGCAAUUUCAUAGGUCAACAGUAAUUAUUGGAUAAAAUUUUAAUUUUGACCAAUCAAUAAACAUUUAAGCUAGCUUUAACCAAACCUAAGAAUUAACCAGUUUUAUACUAUAUGCUGCAGUAACCUUUUAAAUCUGCACUCUCACAGAUUGGCCAUUUUAACAACUUUUUUUUAUUUUUUGUCUUGGAAAGAGCAAAUUUUUUGCGUAAAUAUCUGCAAACCAAUGAUAUAAGAUUGCUGACAAAAACUCAGAUCGUAGAUUUUCAUAUUUCCGUUGAAAAUUAAUGAUUUAUGGCUUAACAACGGUUUAAGAAAAAUGCAUAAAACAUCAAUUUUUUAACUUUAAUAUAAAAUUCUGCGAUCUGAUUUUUUGUCAGCAGUCGUAUAAAACUGGUUUCCAUGGGUGCUCGCAAAAAUUGGCUCAUUCCAAGACAAAAAAUAAAAAAGUUGUCAAAACGUUCAAUCUGUGAGAGUGCAGCUUUAAAGAUAUGUAAUUUUAAAAACAUUUUUACAACAAAUGUCAGUGUAUUGCCCAUUAGUUGCAAGUAUAAACUAUAAUUGUCAGUAUAUAUUGGAUUUUUCAUUUUUAAUAUUGACAGAAAUAUAAAAUAAAGUAACAUUACAAAAUUAAAUUAGACUGCCUUAUUAGAAAAUAGUUAUUACACAAAAAUAGAAAUAGAUGGCUAAGGAUUUUUUCUCUAAUUCAGUCAAAUACUUUUUUGUUAGAAAUAAUGGAUUUCAUAUAAUCUUAUAUAGUCGUAAGGCAAAACAACAUGUAUGCAUAACUAGAAAUAAAUAUAAUUUAUU